AUGAAAUUCUUGCUCUCCGUUGUCCUCGGGAACCUUCUCUUCUCUACUUUCACUUCCGCCCAAACUCCAAUCUCAUGUGCUUUCUGUAUUUCUGGAUUAGCUCAAAUCAAUCAAGAAGUUGUCACUACUCCUGACAUGCAGGCUCAAAUGGGAGUUCAAGCAUCACAAGGGUGUGACCAGAUCCCAGUGAAACAGACUCGUGAGACAUGUCGUGGAACCAUGAAUACUAACUUCAAUAUUUUCUAUGCGGUGAGUGUGUUCAAGUCUGGAGCUACAUUUUUGUAG